AUGAAGACCAAGACUGAAUCCCUUGCCUGGGAAAACUUACGAUAUGAUCUCCAUCCAUGGCUACGUUCCGCAAUAGAGUCUCUUGGUUUUGCCACCAUGACACCAGUGCAAGCAUCUACUGUUCCUUUGUUGAGUGGAAACAAAGAUGUCGUAGUUGAAGCCGUCACUGGAUCAGGGAAAACCCUUGCAUUUUCCAUACCGGUGCUCCAAAAAGUCAGUGAUAGAAUCUAUGGACGUGGUGGUGGUGAUAAUGACGAUGAUGACGAAGACACUGUUGAACCGGUAAAACGUGGUCAUAUGUUGGCAGUGAUUUUGUCCCCUACUAGAGAAUUAGCAGCUCAGAUCCAAACAGUUAUUGAUGGGGUUAUUGCAUACCUCCCUGAAUAUCUCAAACAGAUCAAGACUCAGUUAUUAGUUGGUGGAUCACUGACUGUUAGAGACGAUUUGGAUUCGUUCCUUAAAGAGCAACCGCAGAUCUUGGUGGGUACCCCAGGGAGAAUGUUGGAUUUUCUCAAAUCAAACUAUGUCAAGACACAACUGGUGGAAAUUGCCAUUUUGGACGAAGCAGAUAAAUUGCUUAGCAUGUCAUUUGAGACUGAUGUGAUUGAUAUACUCAAAAGAUUACCUAAACAACGUCGUACUGGGUUAUUCUCAGCCACGAUUUCCUCAGCUGGUGAUACGAUUUUUCGAACAGGUAUGAACAAUCCAGUCAAAGUGGUUGUCAAAUCCAAGAACAUCACCGGUGAGCAAUCGUCUGCACCAGCAUCAUUACAAUUAGCAUACAUGAUGGUGAACCCGGAACGGAAAUUAACCACAUUAAUCACAUUGCUUUCCAAUUAUCAGUUCAAGAAAGCGAUAGUGUACUUCCCCACAUGCACAUCUGUAAAGCACUUUUAUUCCAUGCUUAACUACCUCAACUGUGAUCAACUAAAGUUCCACUCCCUUCACGGUCAAUUAUCCACCAAAUCUCGACUCAAAACAUUAUCCAAAUUCACCGAGGGUGACACAAACGUAGCCAAACACAUCCUAAUGACCACGGAUGUCGCUGCGCGUGGGAUCGAUAUUCCUGACGUUGACCUCGUGAUCCAGCUUGAUCCACCUACUGACCCAAGCAUGUUUCUUCACCGAUGUGGACGUACCGGCCGGGCCAAUAAAGUCGGGCGAGCGAUCGUGAUGCUUAAUAACGAUAGUAAUGAAGAGGAUUAUAUUGGGUUCAUGGAAGUCAAGGGUGUUACUCUUUUGCAGAUGCCCGUUCCGGAAACUCCCAACCAUGCUCUGAUUCAAAACAAGAUACGAAAGUACAUGCUUGAAGACAGGGCUAGACACGAGUUAGGAGUCAAGUCGUACGUCGGGUUUGUCAGAUAUUAUUCCAAGCAUGUGGCCAGUUCGAUUUUCAGAAUGGCGGUUUUGGAUUAUCUAGGUGUGGCUAAGUUGUAUGGAUUGUUACGAUUGCCUAAAAUGCCGGAAAGUAGGUAUGUGACUAACAUGCCCGAAGAUGGAUGGUUAGGUGAACCUAUAAAUAUGGAUACAUAUGCAUAUGCCGAUCAAUUAGCUGAAAAAUCAAGGUUGUCUACCUUGGAAGCCGACAAAGAAAAGAAAAUUCAAGAUGCUAAAAGAAGAAAAGAGUUGAAGGUCAAGAAUGAAGCAUGGUCUUCCAAGAUGGAAACCAAAGAAUCAAGACAAGAACGUAGAGAAAAAGUCAAGCGUAAGCGAGAAUUGAUUGAAAAGCAACUUAUGGAAGAGGAAUCAGGCGACGAAAAGGAAGCAGUAGAAGAUUGGAAAGAUAUUGUCCGCAAGAAUAAAAAGAGCAAGCUGGGGAAUGGCAUAAUGCAAGGUUCAUUUGAUGAUUUAUAG